AUGUAUUUGAUUAUCUACUUGCUUUUCCAUAAUAUUUAAUGCUAAUGCUAUUAGAAGUAUAAGGAUUAGACCAUAUAUUUAUCACCUGGAGAAACUUUAAAAUUAGAUUUGUAAAAUUAUAUAUACGGUAAACAACUUCAUUAUUCAUCUUCAAAUGAUUGUUUAGAGAGCAAAUUGAACUAGAAAAACAUAACUUUAGCCAAUUUAUAAUUAUCAGAUUACUCAGAAUAUAGUUUAUGCUAUGACCCUAUAAGUGGAAUUUGUAAUUAACAAGAAAUUUAUUAUUAUUAUUAUAGAGUUUGGACAAACAGUGUAAAUGUAUGUUAAAGAUCAAUAAGUUACUAUAGUAUUUUAUAAUAUUACUGAUACUUUAUCAAGACCCAUUUAUAAAACAAAUUUUAAAAUUGAUCGAGUAUUACAAUUAAUUAAUAUGUAGAAUAUUGAAUGUUAAAAUGUAUUAUGCAUGAGAAUUAAUUUGGGUUUGAUUGAAUGCAAUCAUAAAACAAAAGAAUAAUCAACCAUCUAUUUAAUUAAUGCACAAUUACAAUAAACUUAAAUCUAUAUUCUACAAAUUAAUCAAUUGGGCCCUAUAUAGUAAUUGAUAUCAUAAUAAAUAGAGCAGGAAUGAUCAAUUACAUCAAUGAUGACGUAGUGACUUACUAUAAAAUGGUCAAUUUCAUUAACAACAAUAGAAUUGACAUGUACAGUAUAAAUGUUACUUCCAAAGAACUUACAAUCUCUACCAUAAUAGAUAAAUUAAUCUAUAAAUUGUAAUCAUUAAACUUAUAUAAUUUCUUGAUUUAUAAUUAAGCUAUCUAUUUUUUAUCAAAAGAACUUGGAGUAUGUUAUGUUAAAAAUUACUCUUAUAAUUAUUGUUGGAAAUUUACAGAUGAUUUUGAUGUUUUUAGUGUCUACAUUGAAUAAAAUGGAUUUCAUAGUAUACUCUUAGGAUCAACUGUUACUUCUGAUAUCUUUAAAACUUAUUUGUUUGAUGAUGAUACCUACAAAAUUAUUUAAAUGUAUAAGUUAUCUAAAAAUAUGACUAUUUCAUAGAUAUACCAUAAUGAUAGGUACAGUUUUAUUAUUGGACACAAAAAUAACAAUACAAAGAAGUAUUAUAUAGAAAUUUAUACUCAAAUGGAUGAUUUCACAUCUAAUUUGUAUAAAUCAAUUGAAAUUGCUUCCUUUAAAGAGUUCUUCUAUUUUGAUAGUCUAAACAGUAUGAUGAAUUAUUAAUUUAGAUAAUGCCUAUGCAAUUAAUAAUAGGUCCAUAUUCAUUAUAACUCCAUAAGUAUCAUAUCUUACAAUUGAUGAUGGUCAAUGCUUUGGUGAGAUUAUUGAAAUUAAAGCAUAAUUUCCUUCUAUUGAAACAGAUAUAAUAUGUAAUUUCAUAUUCUAUGUUAUUAAACUUGAAGAAGGAAGCCUAGAUAUUUAUGACAAAUAAGAAUUGGAUUACUCUUUAAAUGUUUUAAAUCAAAGUAUUAAUAACAUAUAUUUAAAUAAUUUUGUAAUUGGUCCUAAUAUUGAUUAUUAUUUAUAUAAUACAACAUCUAUUGAUAAUUCAAAUGAAAAUGAUUUUGAAAAGAUCAAAUUUAAAGAGCAUUUUACAAUUUAAUAUGCCUAAACUAUGGAUAUCACUUCUAUCAUAUAUAAUCGUGCCUUUAAGACUGUAAUUAAAGAUUAAUAUAUUCAAAUAAUCUAAUGGAAAGACUUAACUCUUUAAAUAUUUAAUUGUAUUAUCUCUGAUACUGAUAGAGAGAUUAAUUGUAUUUAUAAAUAAAACAUCAAACUUUAAGAUCCAGUAUUGUAAGUUGUUACUGGAUUAUCAUGUUCAACUGAAUGUUUUGUUAUAAGAUAAGAAAAAAGAGCAGAUCUUUAUGUUGAAUAUAAUAAUAAGUUUAUAAAUACUAAUUGUUAUAUUGAUUCACAAUAUAAUAUUUAGACAAUUAAAUUGCAUUUAGAUAAAUAUUUAGUAGAAUUAGAAAAUAAUAAGAUACAAGUAUGAAUUAAUUUUAAAUAGAUAUACUUACCAUUAUAUAAAUAAUCAAUGACUUGUAAUUUUUAAAAAGUUUUCGAGAUUGAUUCUCUAUAAUUAGAAGAACUUGUAAAUGCUAAUAGAUCUAUCAAUAUAUUUAAUGUUAAAACUAAUAUUAAUAUUUUCAAUCUCUACAUUUCAACUAAUUUAGGUUUAAUUAUUAUAGAUCCAGGCUUAUUAAGAUUCUAACAAAUUAAAUUAAUUGCAUUUGUAUAAUUUAAUUAAUAAUUUGACACAGUAUUAUAAGUCAUUAGAAAUCGAAUUAUCACAUUAUAGUAUAAAUAGAUAAUCAUCAUCAAUCUAGUCUAAUAAAAUUUAUAUUAUACUGAAAAAGUAUUACCAAAUUUCAAUUUCACAAUAACAAAUACAACAAAUUCAUAAAUUGCUCUUUCUUAAAAUUAUUUUUAUUUGCAAGCUAAAGAUUCCAAUUACUCUGAUGUUAUAAUAGUUUACAAAGUGGAUGAACCUUAAAUUUCAGCUUUUCAUACAUAUUUCUUUAAAAAUAAUAAUUUAGAUUUUAGUGUAAUAGAAAAAUAAGAUGAUGAAAUAUUUUUGAUACAAUUAUUUGAUGCCCAAAAAUUAUACAGUUCUGUUUUUUUAUAAUUCCAAUCAUCUUAGUCAAAAAUAAUUAAGGUACUUUUUUCAGGAUUUACAAGUUAUGCAAAAUUAAUGGAUAUAAAUGUAAAUGUAAAAACUGCAGAAAAGUAAUACAAUCUUACAUUAUUAAAUAAUGAUACUUAAAAUAUAACUUAUGGUGAUUAGAUUUCAGAAUACAUUAAAUUAGAUGGAUAUAAUGAUUUUAUUGAUGGUAGUGUAAGUGAAUGGUCUAUUAAAUGUUCUUCUUGUUAAAAAGAAUUAGAACUUAUCAAUAACAUUAAUUAUGACAAAUAUUUAACAUAGAUACCAAACACUACAUAAAUUAAACAUACUUUUGAUUAUGUUUUAAUAUAAUAAGAAUAAAGUAUAAUUGCAAUUGAUAAUUUUGGAAAAGUGAAAUUUUAUAUCCCAUUGCCUCUAUCAGAAUAAUCAACCAAAUGUACAUCAAUAACUGCCAAUACUUGGGAUAAUAAAACAAAAUUAGUUGUUUCAGUUUGUAAUACAAAAUCCUAAGCUUAAUUUUAUAUUACAUCAUUUUUAAGUUCAUUCCCUGUUCCUAUGGGUCCUUUCUAUACACCAUUAUUAAUUAAUUAAAUCACUCAUAUAAGAAUGUUACAUGAAAUUUUGUUUAUUUUGGAUGUAGUGACAGAAUAUGUUUAUUUGCUUAAUCUAACAAUUGAUGAAAAUUAAGGAGAUUCUUUGAGAGUGAUAAAUACAUUAAAUGCUAGAGAAUUCACUGCUGAUAAAGGUUAAGUCUUUGUUAGUUUUGACGUAGCAUAUAAUGAUGAUACUUACCUAUUAUUUUUGCUAACAAAUACAUCAUGUAACUAAUAUAAAUUAUAAUAGAAUUUAUCAUUUAUACUUAUCCUUAAGAUGACGCUUAUACAUUAGAUUUGAUAUUCUUUUUCUAUGAUAAAGGAUUUACAGACAUACCCUCAAAUAUAGUACCAUAAUCGUUGAUAGUAGCAGAGACAGAAUAAAAGGAAGAUAUAUAAUAUUACAGAAUUAUUGUGGCUAAUCAAAAUUUUCAUCAUUAUGAAUUAGAGAUUAGUAUAGGAUAUCUAGACAAUUCUAUUUAAUGCAAAUUUAUUAGGGCUUAUAUGUAAUAUGGAUAUUUCUAUGCUAAUGGAAAGAUUAGAGUCUCAGAAGAGACAUAAGGAUUCUUUGGUUUGAUUUACUAAAAUCCUUUAGAUGAAAGACAAAAAUUAUUGGUUGUUUAUGAUAGGUUUAGUAAAAGCUAAGAAAGGCUGAGAAAGAUACUUGGAGGAUAUAAGAUAUUUUCAAAUUAUUAAAUGUAAAUAUAUGAAAAAAAUAUUUAAGCUUGUUUGAUUUUUUACAUUUUAAAAUGAGAAAUGAUGAAUUUUCAUAUGGUAUCAUUUUGUAAGAUGGGCCUAUAUUAAAUUCCUUGACUUUAUCUAGAUAUUUGGCUAUUAAAGUAAAAUUCAAAGAAUUUCAAACAUAAAAUAUUACCUUCAAUGCUUCAAAUGACUUUGGAAAAUGGGUUAGUUUUAAAGCAAAUAUUUAUAAUAGACAUGGAGAAGUAAUAGAUAAUAUAUUAUUUAUUAGGCAAAUUUACUUUACAUAAUGAUAUCUUUAGGAGUUGUUGUAUUUAUAGUGAUAUUCUUAUCAUGGCUAUAUGUUAGGAAUAAAAUAAAAUAACUUGAAUCUAAAGGGUUUGAUGUGAUACAAGAAGAAGAUGAUAUCGUUAAAGAAGAUCAAUGA